AUGGUCUACAAACUCAGCGCGGUUGGCCUCUCGGAGGAAAAUGCCAAAAUUUUAGUCGGUGAUGAUGAAGCUGCGGCUGGGAAUGGGCCUGUACAUUUGAUAGUGCGGAUUCCGUCCGGGAUCGACAUAGAAGUCGGUGAAAUUUGUAGCGAAGACAUCCACCGCGCCGAACUGGAAUACUAUCAACAACGAGGUCGGCUGGUCCGACGCUACUGUGAAGACUAUUGCAGCAAAAUCCUCGACAAAAUUGACAGCCACUACGCGCUCAAUACGCGGCCGCUUCCCUUCAUUUAUGUGGGCGGCUCAUCGGGCAUGGGGAAAUCACAACUCGUCUUUGCUCUCGGAGGACGGCAGCCGUAUUACAACUGGCUUGCCACCCGCAUUGGAGCCGAGUCUCAGAGCAUCUACCGCAACUUUGAAUCCAUUUCAAGGGCAUUCUUUAAUGUUAAGUGCACUAUGAAAGCUGUCCGCGCUGUUCGUGAUACGAUGUUGAAGGAGAAUAAGGCCCUCCCUUUCUUCAUCUUGGACGAAUUGUCGCUCGAUGGAGGAAUGAGCAUGGCGGCUUUCCAACGCAACGUCUUUCGUGUUUGUGGCUUGGUGAUGGUGGUUAUGGGCACUGAUGCCAGAGCCACGAAGUUGCUGGGAGACGACUCGAGAGGCAGCUACAAGGACGAGCAACUGAGGAUGACGAUUGUUUAUCGCUUCCCUCGCUACCAACUACUUCUGAGUGACCGGGAAGAGCAACGUGUCUGGGGUAGUGUUGUGCUGCAGUUCCCUGUCGUUAAAGACAUCGCGAUGCGUUCGUGCGGAAGGUUUGCCCGAUAUUUCGUCGACAGCGCGGUGGAGUACGCGACUGCAAACGAGGACUUCAAGCUGUACGACUUGUUGGAUACAGCAUUUUGUCAUGUCAGCCGUAAGACCCAGGGAGGCAAGGGCUUCAGGGACAAGCGAGGUGGACUGGAGGCACAACUGGCGGCAAUAUCCUACUCAACCAUUACACCUGAGCCACCGCGAAAGAAGAGGAAAACAGAGAGUGUGGAGAUCAACUUCAUGCAUUUGCACUUCGCUAACUUGGUGGACGAGCCAAUAUUUUCUCGAAGUGCUUUAUGGACGUUCAACGCGUUUGAGAAGGUGGCUGCCCAUGCGAUCUUCUGUGCGUCGCGAAGGAAUGGCGUACGAGGUAUCUCUCUCGACGAUUUUUUGGCUGGAUUACUAGGCGAGUUUCAGAGCGAGUUCAAGAUGAUGACGAUGACUUUGGACGAUUCAAACGAGCCCAUCGCUGCCAGUAUCCUGUUGGAUGGAUACACUGCGUUGGCGAAGGCGUCGGAGACGACGAUUCCCUUCUUGGCUCCACCCAAUGCUGAAUGGCCCCAAUACAUUCUCGAUACUCGCGCUCACGGGUGUGACUUUGGUCAUCUCGUUCUCAGCGCAGGCAGCGGUAUUUGCGUGAAGCGCGUGGGGAACAUUGAGGGAAACAAGUGGCAGGGCGCACCACUUCUCGUCUGUGAAUGCCAGGAGACCGUGGAGACGGGUAAGAUGAAGGAGAUUAUUAAUGAACUGGAAUCAGCAUGGGAGCAGAAGUGGACGACUGCGCUGGUGUUCUGUGCGCAGCUACAGGUAGCAAGCUUUCGUGCAGAGUGGGAGUAUCCACAGGUUGGUUGCGUCAAGAUUGACUGCCAGAGCUGUAGUGCCGAAUGGAUGUAUCAACCAGAUCUAAGAAGUUGGAAAAGGUUGGUCAUCCUAUUAGUGACGGAUCCGGUGAUGACGGAUUAG